UUUCACCACCACUACUACUGGGAAGCCAAGAUUAUUUAAAUGUCCUGUUAUUUCAACACUCAUCGAGUAAUACAUUCAGGAAAAUGGCGGUGGUUACGCGGCACGCACUGUUGUUAAAUCCUACCCAGGGGAUCGCACACGCAGAAACACUAAUGUAUUGGAAACAGACGAGACCGUCUAUGAGCACGUGAGUAAUCCCUGGCUCACGUGACGCACACUGUUUAGUCAUGGCCGACGACUACAGGCGACAAGGUUUCGAGUUGGAGAGAAGGAUAUUUGAGUUAGACAUCAAAUGUUCCAGUCUCAGAGCUGAAAAGCAAGAUGAUGACUAUUUACAGAAUGCGUCUGCCAUACUAGACAAGUUGAAAAGCUAUUACAGGCAAGGAGGGGAAAGUAGCAACCUUUCCAAGGUGCUUCAGGAUUACACACAGGUGAUCCUUGACAUCACAUUUUAUGAAGAGAAUAAACUGGUUGACCAGGAGUUCCCUGAGGACUGUUCACCAUUUAAAAUCCAGCAGCUGCUGCAAGACCUGACUGAGCCAGAGGUUUUGGCGGGGAGGCUAGCACCAGCACAAGAAGUGCAGUCUGUGUUGGGCCUGGAGCUGUUAGAAUGCCUCUAUUGGAGACGUGGAGCUCUGCUGUACAUGUACUGCCACACCCUUCAUCAACGAAAACAGUGGAUUAAGAAAAACAAGGAUACGUUCCUUAAGUGUAUUCAGGAAGGAGUGCGCUACUUAAUGCGGAUGCUGCAGGUGAGAAACUCUGUAAAGCUCAACGAUGGGGUGGUGCUCCAUGAUACUGCUACAGCAAACUUCCUAUCUGAAGGCAUCUUCUCGGACACACACCUGCUGACAAUGAUGUACAUCGGGGAAAUGUGUUUCUGGGCAGUUAAGUACGAGGACUGCAGCGCUGAAACUAUGGAUCGCAAAGAAGAUCGCCUUCAGUUUCGGGACAUUGGCACACAGAUCCUCAACAAAUACGUGCUUGCCUGUGAGGGCCCGCUGCAAGGCCAGGGCUGGAACACUGAGAAUGCCAAGGAAAUCCUUAGUAUUUUACAGUGAGCCAAGCUGCUCUUAUAUUGAAGUUGCCCUCUGGCACAGAUCUUAGUUCAGUAUUCAAAUGUGUCAACCCCAAAUAAAAAUGGAAGCCAUCAGGUGGGGUGUAAUGUUAUGGAAGGUUAAGAGGAAGCAUGGGGAGAAGGUGUAUGUGAAGAAAGUCUUUGGAUCAGUGUCUUCUGGCAACCUCAUCCCAUGCCAAAUGGCCCAGGCCAAAGCAGGUUUGACAGGAUUAGAUAGGUGGUGUAAAACUGGCAGGGGUUGCAGUCAGAGAAGGAGGUUGAAUAACUUUUCGCCCUGUCCUGCUGAAAAAGCAGUUAUCAUCUUAAUAACGGACUGUUGACUGGGGCACUUAUUUUGCUCUGAGAAUGUGUUAUAAUAACAUUAAUAUGAAUUAAGAAGGUAAUUAAUAAAAUGUACUUUUUUUUCCUUUCA